CCUUUUGAACUUCCAGUCUCCUCUGCAAGCCGAGAGAAGGAAGACCAAACUGGGAAGUUUUCUCCUGGACACAGCAACAGAACUGCUGACAAAACUGAGACGGUGGCUGUGGAGGGUCCUGGGAUAGCUCUGAGGGAAAGGCACCCUCCACCAUCGCUUGCCCCCAACUUGCCAACUCCGAUGCGGGCGCUCGUCCACCACCCACUUCCCUCUGAUGAGAACCCUUCCGGGCUUGGGCUAUGAUCUCUGCUGCUGACGGCUGGGGAACCUCUACUCGCCCUGAUYUUCCUCUGCCGCAGGAGCAGCCCAACAUCUGGUGGGGAUUAAUGUUUAUUUCUCCGUCCGGACGCUGUACGGGACCCCCGAUGUUACUCCCUGGGAGCGGGACACGGGAGGUGGUCUGAGGAGAAAAGCCAGCUUUUUGUCGCCCGGUGUGAGGCGAGGGGGGGAGGGGGGCAAGGCAGGAGGGGGACUAACCUCUUUUGGGACUAAACUCAUGAAGAACAAGGGAGCCAAGCAGAAACUCAAGAGGAAGGGAGCCGCGAGCGCUUUCGGCUGUGACCUGACGGAAUACCUGGAGAGCUCUGGGCAGGACGUGCCCUAUGUUCUGAAGAGCUGUGCAGAGUUCAUUGAGACUCAUGGCAUUGUGGACGGGAUCUACCGCCUCUCAGGAGUCACAUCCAACAUACAGAAGCUGAGACAAGAGUUUGUUUCUGACCAAUGCCCGGACCUGACAAGAGAAGUUUAUCUCCAGGACAUUCACUGCGUGGGGUCACUCUGCAAGCUUUAUUUCAGGGAACUGCCCAACCCUCUCCUCACCUAUGAACUCUACAAGAAAUUCACGGAAGCUGUAUCACGCUUCCCCGAGGAUGAGCAGCUGGCACGAAUCCAGAAUGUCAUCCAGGAGCUCCCACCAUCACAUUACAGAACACUGGAAUACCUGAUCAAGCACCUGACUCACCUGGCCUCCUUCAGCAACAUGACCAACAUGCACACCAGGAACUUGGCAUUAGUGUGGGCACCCAACCUCCUGAGGUCAAAGGAAAUUGAGGCUGUUGGCUGCAAUGGGGAUGCAGCUUUCCUAGAGGUGCGAGUCCAGCAGCUGGUGAUUGAAUUCAUCUUGAAUCAUGUGGAUCAGAUCUUUAUCAACAACAGAAAAGCCAGUUCCACAGAGAACAAUGAGAACACGCCAAUUAUGAAAAGUCUGACCCUCCCCUCAACCUCCCUGCCAAUGAAACUGGUGAGCCUGGAAGAAGCACAGGCCAGGAGUCUGUCAGCCUCUCACCCUGCUCGGAAGGAAAGGAGAGAGAACAGCUUGCCUGAAAUUGUCCCUGUAACUGGGUCCCUCUUCCACACAGUUGUUGACCUUCCUGACAGCAAGAGAAAAUUAUCUACCAAGUCCAAGAAAUGGAAGUCCAUAUUUAACUUGGGCCGUUCUGGUUCAGAAUCAAAGUCUAAACUGAGUCGAAAUGGGAGUGUCUUCGUAAGGGCACAGAAGCUCUCUGAAAAAGCAACUAUUCGGCCUGCUAAAAGUAUGGACUCGCUGUGUUCCCUGCCUGUGGAAGGAGAGGAUGAGAAAAGCAGAUUCAAACGGGCAGUGACUACAGGAGGUUUUUUUGUCCCGGUGAUGAAAAUACGGACAGGAGGCACGGGCAGCUCAUACGACCUCAGCAAGGAGAACGAGUGGGAGCAGGAAGGAUCUGUGGUGGGGGCCAAAGGAAGCUCUGAGCUGAGUGGGGAGAAAGGUGCCCCAUGGACGUCACAGGCAAAGUCACCCCCUGAGCAGCUGAAGGUCUUCCGGGCAGCAGAAGAUGCUGAAAAUGAGCAGACCUCCCCCAAAAGUGGUCGCAUGUUCUACACCUCGGAAGCAACUGCCAAAUCAGGCUUUCCAAGCAGCCUCUUUCCUUUGGAAGCCUCCCCUCGUCACCAAAGGAAAGCCCUGAACAUCUCAGAGCCCUUUGCUGUCUCUGUCCCUCUCCGGGUAUCUGCAGUCAUCAGCACCAACAGCACCCCCUGUCGUGUGUCUGCCAAGGACAAGCCCUCACUCUCCAGCCUCGAGGAAUUGUCUUCUCUGGUGCCCGAGAGCCCAGCUGUCACUGUCCUGGACGCAGGGAGCCUCACAAGGACAAACCCAGUCCCAGAGAGGAAAGACAAGCAGCCUGGACCUGCCCUGACAGCAGCAGAAUCCAGAGGUUCACAUCCUGAGGGCUCAGUGGAAGACAAGAAACUGGAGUCCUUAGAAACUCCACAGCCAGCAGCGGAAAAUCAGGAGACGCGUGGGCAGAGCAGCAGCGCAAGCAGCAGCCCCCAACAAUCCCCAGAACAAAGUCCCAGCUUGGAUGCGAUACCAACCUUAGAGACUUGCCUUGGGUCACUGCCUGCAGACAAGGCAGAACCGGGGCAGCCCAAGAUGAAGGAAGGUUCCUCAGAAGCCACCUAUGGCCAGCAGGACAUCCAGAAGGCUAAGACAGAGGAAGGAUUGCGUUUAAGAGAUCUGACCGAAGAGGACCCUGCUAAUGCCCUGCUGGAGCCUCUGUGGCCAGAGAUACAACAGGAACUCAAAAUCAUUGAACCUGAAGAGCUCUUGCCCUUGCCAGCAGCUGUCCCAAAGACAGGCUUAAUUUCUGAAUCCUCUUCUUCAGUACAAACAGAUAGCUUUUCCUCUGGCUCAGGGAAGGCUCCCAAUCUGUCUGAGCAGAAACUUGCAGGCAGAACAGCACAGACUACAUCUCUGGAGCCUGUUUGUGGUGCUACCAGUACAGAACAAUCAGAUGACCUCCAUAACUGCCAGUCUGAAGUGACUGCCCAUCACAGCUGUGCUCCAGCCCUACCCAAACCAGCUACUCUUCUGACUGCUACAACUACUCCAAAGAACCAUUGUCCAGUCAUGGAGGACAGCAUGAGUGAAUGUCUCACCUCCACCCCGGACUGGGAGCUUCAUAAGCAAGCAGAAUUUAAUGAGAUUUCACCAAGAAAAUUUUCAUGUUGCAAAGGAGCAUGUUCAGAGCCAGAGAGAGAAAAAGAUAUUUGCCAGCUACAGGGGGAAGAGGACAAUAUUACCAGAGACCAGAAGGAGAAGCCUGAGAAAAUGACUGCUGAUGGAAGGAAUGCAUUCUCCUCCAAGGUGCUGAGUGGAGCUGGAAUCCAGGAGCCAAAGGAGGGCAGUCCCGUUAGCAGAACUCAUGAUGCUGGUGAUCAGGAUGAAGAAGAUACUUGGACAGAUAAUGUGCAGAGCUUAGAACUUGUAGAGCCAUGGGAGGAUCAUCAGUGGGUCACCAGCCCACUUCAUUCCCCCACCUUUAAGGACAUUCAAGAAAAGUUGAUACAGGAGAUACAGCCACAUCGUCAGAGAGCAGAGCCAGGCCUCUCUGUCAGACCACGAUUCAGUCGCAGCCUUUCCCUGGAUAGUAAAGACACAGUGAUGAGUCUCUGGACUAUCCCCUUCUCUUUCACCAAUGUCACCGAACAGCAACAAGCUUGCAGUGACAUUCUGUCAGGGACUUGUGAGCAGCCCCAAACCCAACCUGUUUCCCCUUGUAGCAUGGGCAAAGUUAAGCACAAUGCAAAUGGUAUGAGCACUCCAGAAGAGCCUUUGAAACCUGAGGGACCAAGGUAUCUCCUCAGCAGAGAGGGAGAGCCAGCCAAGCAAGAGGCACUCUCCAAAAUCACUCCUUCAGAGCCAGAGGAAAAGAAAGUGGACACAAGCCAAGAAAACCCUUGGAGCUCAAAGCCUGAGCUGUCUAUGCCAUACCAAAAUACCCCAGACAGUUCUUUACAGACAAAAAACACAAAGGAGGAGUUAUCCACAUCUCAGAACACUGUGCUGAGAGGAGAGACUGUUACCAAAGGACUGUGCUUUGCCACUGAAGCACAGCUGAGUAAUAAAGGUGAAGACACACUGCGUAAAGGGAGGACGAGGCCAUCAUCCCUCAACUUGGAUUCACUUCUUCCAGCCCCAGAUUUCUUCACCUUUGAGAGCCUUGCCAUGCCAUCUGCCCCCGGGAACCUCCUGUAUGGGCAAAAGGAAGUAAAAAGCAGUGAUUCUGUCCCAUCCCUUCCAACUGCCUGCCCUGCUGUGAGUAAAGGUGUUCCAUGGGGGUCUCACUUCAAUGCCCACAUGGAUUUAGACUUGGAUUACCUGGCAGUGGCCCAUGCCACCACUGGCCGUCGGAAUUCUGCCCCUGUCAGUGUGUCAGCAGUCAGAACCUCCUUCAUGAUUAAGAUGUGCCAGGCUAGAGCUGUACCUGUGAUACCUCCCAAGAUUCAGUACACCCAGAUCCCUCAGCCUUUGCAGGCUCAGAAUGCUGCUUUAUUGGCAGAGAAGAAGGAAGCAGACACCAAGCAGGCUGGCAGGCAAGCUCACCGAGUAGCAUGGGGCCAUCCGGAGACCCCAAAGAGCCCAUCGACAGAGAAGAAAGCCAAAGCAGAAAAAGAAAACAGUGAUCCAGCUCAAAAGGACUCAACCUCUCCUUGGCACGGCAGCCUCAACUCUCCACUGGAGCCAUCUCAGUCCAGUCAUAGUGCUGGCCUGGAUGCCCCUGUUAUGCGCCGAAAGCGCACCUCUGAGGGUGAGUCUGCUGGAGACACCCCACAGUCCUCAAAGAUGGAGAGGCCCUCAGGGUUCUCCAAGCCUUCCUACAGAUCUAGGCCUGGGAGGCCCCAAAGUCUGAUUCUCUUCAGUCCCCCUUUCCCCAUUAUGGACCACCCAUCCUCUUCAGGAGACUCUAGGGUGUUGUUAUCACCCAUAAGGAGCCCUACUCAGACCACCUCUUCAAGCCCCAUUUGUGGCGACCUGUCUGAGACAUCGCGGACAACACCUGAGGGGGUCACUCUGCGGAACAAAAUGACCAUACCCAAAAAUGGCCAAAGACUGGAGACCUCUACCAGCUGCUUUUACCAGCCCCAGAGGCGCUCUGUGAUUCUGGAUGGACGAAGUGGGAGGCAGAUCGAAUAGCAACAGCUUCCCUUACUCCUUGUCCCUGGUGGAUGGGAUGGUCUACACCUAGACCAAGUUUGUUGUCAUUCUUGCUUUUGUCAUAAUUAUUCUGUGCAAAAAGGACGCAAAACUUUUGCUGUCUCCUGCAAAACUUUUUGCUAUGGAGGGCCUUUGUGUUCCUUUUCCUUCCUUUUCUCACCCUUUGUUAGACCCUCACAUUCUGCUUUUUUGUCAGCCAGUCCAAAGGAAUUUGAGCCUUCUCCUCAUGUUGUCUAACACUCCCUGUGAAAGUCUUAUCUUCUCUAUAAAAAAAAAAAAAAAAAAAAAAAAAAAGGAGCAAUUAAUCUUGGAAUAUGUAGAAAAUGGCUGGGAGAAGCCAGUGUCCCAAAUCACUGUAGCCCAAGGGCACACAUCUGCCAAGGAUGUUUGGGACAUGUUUCCUUCUUUCCCCGACCACCAUUAAAGUACCAUACCUGUCCUUCUCGUGUGCCUGGUUUGGAUAGCAUAAGUAAGCAGUGUAGGAGAUCUGUGAUUGCUAAAGCAGAAGGUGAAGCAGGUGUGGCCAAGUCACAUGYGGUGUGAGUUACCCAAGGCUGGUCUGGUGGCAAACAUAUGAUGUGAAGGUGCUGACUUCAGCUCUUCUGUUGCAUGAAAUGUGUGCUCUUUCCAGCAUGUGGUAGGGCUGAAAUAAAAGUUGCUGGACAGGAAAAGCCGUUUUUUUUUCUUUUAAUCUUCCAAAUCUUGCUCAUAAAUGUUAUUGUGCUCAGCCACACCUUUUGGCAAGCAAGAUUUGGGUGUGAAGGGGUUUGUWGCUGGCUAUCUAGAGAUAGAGGAUACUCAGGCUAGUAGGAUACUCAGGCUGGUGUCAGUGAAAUUGAAGAUAUGGUCAUAGCAAAGGCCAGUAUCAACUAUUCUCAUCACUGCUUAAAGCCAGAUGACACUUCUGCAGCUAUCUCCAGCUGUGCUCCAUAUGGCCACGAGCAGAGAAAAGCAAGGGUAUCUACUGAUCUGCAUGUCCUUGGGCUGUUGCCCUUUUGCACUCUGACAUGUCUGUGACCCUUGGUCUCUCACCAUGACAGUGUGGCACGUCUCCCCGGUGCUUCUUCCUCCUUUAAACUUCCUCUUCUUGUGAUUUUACAGUUUCUUUGAGAGCUUGGCUGGCUUUCACCUGUCCCUGUAUGCUUUCAGAUUGAUUAGAAGAAUGGUAAAGAGGGUGAUUUGUAGGACCACAGAUCAGAUCAUGAACUAUAUCCUGAGAGGGAGAUUUGAAGUGAAUUAAUCUGUGUCCUGAAGGGCUAUUAUCAUUACAGGCAAAUACAUGCUCAURUAAGUAACAGCUGCUGUGGGAACAGAAUUAAAGCUUCUGUUAUAAUUCUGAGUUAGCUGCAGGCUCAUCUUUUGCCUGGUAUGUGACUGUGGGUGAUGGCAAAGUCAGGUACAGCCUGUGCUGUCUCUGCAAUUUAACUGUCACUAGUGACUAUGGAGGAGACGGGAACACAGGUGUUGCUGCCAGCUUUGGGCUUGUCCCUGUAAUGGUGUCUGCAGGGACCAUCAUUCAUGGAGGUCUUUCAGUCUGCAGGCCUUCUGAUGGAUCUUAUGGGCUGUAGCUUAAACUGUAACCGAGCAGCUGGUARGAAAUGCUACAGCCACCACAGUGGAUGUCACCUAAAGCUCUCAAUGGCUGCGUGCUUAGAUCCUGUCUCUGCUAAAGGCUGCUGCAGUGUUGCUGUUUUCAGACUCAUAGUAAAGUGAGCCCAUGUAAUUUUGGACUGUAUUGAAAGUGUCACUUAAUUAGUGUCAUUUGGGCUGGUGGGCCUGGGUUCUCGAUGAUGCUCUCUCUUAAAUUCUCUUUGUUUUAUCAAUGGAAGAGAUGCCAGAGUACUUCUGACAAGUUCUGUGCCACAUAUGCAAGGAACGUAUCUUUAG